UUCAAGUCAAUUCAGAAGCCCCAAGGGUUCUGCCAUGCCUCAUGGGCCAAAGCCUCUUGCUCCCAGCCUUACCGCUGGGGUGCCUUGCUUCUUGCGGGGCUCCUUUGGGAGGAGAGGGCGCAAUUGGCACCGAUGUCAUCAGCGGAUGUGCAGAGGCCACGAGAUUUGCCAUUGACUUGGCUUUGGCAGACGCACCGGUUUUGCACGAUCGUUCUCCUGAGUCUUUGAAGGGAUGCGUGUCCCUGUCUGAGGGCCUUGUUGGCUGGGCAUUUAAAGAGGAAGGUUGUGAGCAGUGCCCCGAGGCAUGUGCCAUGGUCCUUGCUUUGCAGGGUCUCACUGCUGAGCUGGACGGGACUGCUCGAUGCACUCAGACACUACUCUUGCUUGUGCGGGCUUUCAACUAUGUAAGCGACGAGUCGACGUGGGCUUCGGUGGAUGGUUUUGGAGAGCUGAUACAUGUACGACGUGAGCAGUGCGGAAAGGUGCGACGUGAAGAAGUGAAGAAACUACAGCUUCCCUGGCCUUCCUACUCAAACUAUAGAGGCGAAGGACCCGGCUCGUUUGGACAAGUGAGGGAACAGGUGGCCGUGCUAGCGGCAGCAACGCCCAACAAGAUACAUGCAUACCAGCCAUUCUUGAACCUCUGGCGCUGCUACGCACUUCGACAUGGUUUAGCUUUCAUUCUGGAGACCGAUGACACGGAGGUGAGCCCUCCACAUCAUCGUGCUCCCAAUUGGUUGAGAUGGUUUACUGCCAAGAAGUACCUGAGUUACUACAAGGCCCUGCUGGUAGUUGAUCCUGACCAGCUCAUUGUGCCGGAGUGUUGGAAUAUCUCUAUUCCAGCAGUACUUGGAGCUUGGUCAGGUGGAGCUUUUGGCUCGCCUGACGUGGCUACGCGUGACUUCGGGAAACCGCAGACCUUGAAUAAUGGAGUGGUGAUGAUUCGGUCCUCGCCACGGGGUCAUUUCUUCCUCGACCUGCUGCUGGAGAAGGCAGCAUGGAUGCAGAACAUUGAAAAAGAUCAGGGCGCCUUUGACGAGACUGUAUUGGAGAUCCUAGGUUUGGAGGCUACUGCACGAGGAGAUGAAGGCUACGAUUCUGAGUGUGCACAGUAUGUUUGGCCAAAUGCAAAGGGCAACCACGAGAUUGCACUCUAUGCCAUGUGUUGGUGGCGCAUCUGCCAGCGCCUGGCAGGACCAUUUGGCGCUCGGCGCUCCACGUUUUUCCACUUUGCAGAUCCGCGAUUGGUUGACAUCAAUCACGUGGUGGGUGCCCGUGGCUUGAAUGAGCCAGCAGUUCUGCAUCACUUCGCAGGACGCUCCAAAGACUGGGACUUCAUGCUGGAGACAUUUGGCAUGGCCAGGCGCAACACCGGAAAUUGUCAGCGAGUCUUUGCUCAUGUCGACAGCCGAGCUGCCGAACAACGGUGUGUCGCUGGAGGCCCUCCUGUCACAGAGUACCCCUCCAAGUCUCAGCUGAGCUUCAAUGAGCCCCCCAUGUGUUUCAGGUGCGAACCACCUAUGCUGGUUUGCUGAUGGGCUUGCA